AUGGGUGCGCUGAACUGGUCAGAGGAGACCCUGGAUACAAGCUUCUCCCGGAAGGCAGGCUGGCUGCUGGGUGCCGAGGGGCAGCAUCAGAUCCAGUGGCCUGAAGUUCUCCAACAUGUCCUCGUGUCCUCGGCUCCCUCGGCUGGCCAGGCCCCGCCCCCGGCCCUCCCUGCGCCCGGCCGGUGCGCAGGGAGGUCGGAGGAGCGGGCACUGCCCACCCUCCGGAUGUAUAAGCGUCCUGGCCAGAGGCGGGCGGUGCGCGCAAGGGCCCCCGGCUGUGAGUGGCACCACAGGCCCCCGCCCCCGGGCUUCGUGGGCUGGGCUGGGCUCGCCCAGGUGGCGGAGCGCACUGCCCACCAGGGCUCAGGGUCCUCCGGCCGGGUGAAGCUUCGCUGGCUGCCAGGGUCCCCGACCGGGAUGCACUUCAGCACGGUCACCAGAGACAUGGAAGGCGGCGGCGGCGGGCCCGGGGCGCCGGGGAAGAAGAACGCGAAGGUGGCCGGUGUGAGCGUGCAGCUAGAGAUGAAGGCGCUGUGGGACGAGUUCAACCAGCUGGGCACCGAGAUGAUCGUCACCAAGGCCGGCAGGCGGAUGUUCCCCACCUUCCAAGUGAAGCUCUUCGGCAUGGAUCCCAUGGCCGACUAUAUGCUGCUCAUGGACUUCGUGCCGGUGGAUGAUAAGCGCUACCGGUACGCCUUCCACAGCUCCUCCUGGCUGGUGGCAGGAAAGGCUGACCCUGCCACGCCAGGCCGCGUGCACUACCACCCCGACUCGCCUGCCAAGGGCGCGCAGUGGAUGAAGCAAAUCGUGUCCUUUGACAAGCUCAAGCUGACCAACAACCUACUGGACGACAACGGCCACAUUAUUCUGAAUUCCAUGCACAGAUACCAGCCCCGCUUCCACGUCGUCUAUGUGGACCCGCGCAAAGAUAGUGAGAAAUAUGCGGAGGAGAACUUUAAAACCUUUGUGUUUGAGGAGACGCGAUUCACCGCGGUCACUGCCUACCAGAACCAUCGGAUCACGCAGCUCAAGAUUGCCAGCAAUCCCUUCGCCAAAGGCUUCCGGGACUGCGACCCUGAGGACUGGCCCCGGAACCACCGGCCCGGCGCGCUGCCGCUCAUGAGCGCCUUCGCGCGCUCGCGGAACCCCGUGGCCUCCCCGACGCAGCCCAGCGGCGCGGAGAAAGACGCGGCUGAGGCCCGGCGAGAAUUCGAGCGCGACGCGGGCGGGCAGGCAGUACUCGGGGACCCGGCGCACCCUCCGCAGCUGCUGGCCCGGGUGCUAAGCCCCUCGCUGCCUGGGGCCGGCGGUGCCGGCGGUCUAGUCCCGCUGCCCGGCGCGCCUGGAGGCCGGCCCAGUCCCCCGCACCCCGAGCUGCGCCUGGAGGCGCCCGGCGCAUCGGAGCCGCUGCACCACCACCCCUACAAGUAUCCGGCUGCCGCCUAUGAUCACUACCUCGGGGCCAAGAGCCGGCCGGCGCCCUACCCGCUGCCCGGCCUGCGCAGCCACGGCUACCACCCGCACGCUCACCCGCACCACCACCACCACCCCGUGAGUCCGGCUGCCGCCGCCGCCGCCGCCGCCGCUGCCGCAGCCGCCGCGGCUGCCAACAUGUACUCGUCGGCCGGAGCCGCGCCGCCCGGCUCCUACGACUACUGCCCCAGAUAA